AUGGCCCCCAGGAGGCGUCGGCCCGGGGCCAAGAAGGACGACGAGGGGCCGGGGCGCGGGCUGCCGUCGACGGCGGCAGAGCCGGCGCCCGGGAGCGGGCUCCGAGGCGGCGCCCUCUUCCUGCUGGUCUCCGCCGUCCUGGCCUCGGCGGUCUACUACCUCCGCGGGGGAAUCGGUUCGGAGGUCGGCGUCCUGUCGCGCUUCCAGGCGCCUUUAAUGACGGACCUGGCCGAGUUCGACGACGACUACAGGCGCCGCAUGCUGUGGGGCACCUACAGGCCCGGCCUGUACUUUGGGUUGAGGACGAGGCUGCCGAAGUCGCUGCUGACGGGGCUGGCGUGGUUCCAGCCCGCCAGCAGGGACGCGAUGAACAGCGUGCGGCAUCUGGCGGGGGCGCCACCCGGGGCCACCAAGUUUGGGUGGCUCAGGCACGAUGGCGCCAACUUCGGGAUUCAGGAGGUGGUGGACGGGAACAUGACGAUCAAGACGUCGUGGGUGAAGCACCACCAUCCCGAGAGUGGUAUAGGUGGUGACUGGAGCGUGCGGGUGUCAGCCUGGUUGCGGGAAGGUGCAGAGCCCGCCCUCAAGCAUGUUCCCUUCAUUUUUUACAUCGCUGAUGAGCACGGCCCUGACAUGACAACUGGCAUAUUGGGGCUUCGGGCGAACCCAGAUGGCAAGCCUACAGGGAGGGGUGGACGGGUGCUGGUUGGGAGGAAUGAGGACCUGGGUGACUGGUCGCUUUACCUGCAGUGUGGAAAGGACACUCAGUGGGAUCUGCACAGCACCGGGCUGCCACUUGAUCACUACCAUAAUGUCACCGAGAUGAUGCAAGGCCUGGUCUUCAUGGGUGUCCAGCAGCAGCUGAAGCAGCAGAGGGAAGGUCAAAGUUCUGAAAACAAGGUCCGCCUCGUGAUCCCUGAUGGCUGGUGGGCAGGUGACGGGGUGGAGCCCAACGCCGCCUUCUUCCAGGUGGACAUCGUCCUCCCAGGGGAGUUUGAAUUCGUAUUCCUUAGUGGGCAAGAUGAGCAGGAAGCGAGGCUGGAGGCACUGACUGGAAGCAGGCUGACAUCCUUGCUGGAGAGCCACACGACAGCAUUUAGCAAACGAUUCGAAGAAACUUUUGGGGUGGGCGAUGCGGCAGAUGUGCCAGCAGACUUCGCUGAAGUGUCUAAGCGGGCUCUGAGCAACAUGCUGGGGGGCAUUGGGUACUUCUAUGGCAGCUCUCGUGUGGCACUUGAAAAGAACAAUCCUGAGAAAGUACGCGAGUAUGGGCCAUCAGAGUUGUUUACGUCUGUUCCCAGCCGCUCCUUCUUUCCACGGGGCUUCUUGUGGGAUGAGGGCUUUCACCAGCUGAUGAUAAGGAGGUGGGAUCCACAGCUCAGUCGUGACAUCCUGGCGCACUGGCUGGAUUUGAUGAACUCUGUAGGAUGGAUACCACGGGAGCAGAUCCUUGGAGAGGAGGCGCGAGCGCGUGUGCCAGAUGAGUUUGUCGAUCAGCAGCCCACCGUGGGCAAUCCCCCUACGCUUUUUCUGCCUUUCCUGAAGAUGGCCAAGGGUCUCACUGACCCAGGACAGCGGGCAAAGGAGCAGGCCGACAGGGAGUUCUUGAGCCAAGCCUAUCCUCGCCUAUGCCAUUGGUACGAUUGGUUCCUCAGGAGUCAGGGAGGGCCCAUCAAGGGCUCCUUCCGAUGGACGGCCAGGGAUGCAACUGUCACCAAGGAGCUGAAUCCCAAAACUCUGGACUCUGGACUGGACGACUUCCCCCGUGCAUCCCACCCCUCUUCCAAGGAACGGCACCUCGAUCUGCGAUGCUGGAUGGCAUUGGCAGCGGAGGCGCUGGCAACGAUCGGGGAAGCACUUGAUAUGCCACUGGAGUCCUACCAACAUUACAGGGACAUGUCCGAAGAGCUGCGCGACCUGCAGCUGCUGAAUGCGCUGCAUCUGGACACCAACACCAGCCAGUACCUGGACUUUGGCAUGCACACUGACGAUGUCCAGCUGGAGUGGGUGUGCUGCGAAUACCAUGGAGAAGAGAGGGGAAUGGAGAAAUACCUGGCACGCAAGGAGUACAGCAGCCCAGAGCCGCGGCUGGUGCCCCACUUCGGCUACCCCUCCCUCUUCCCCCUCUUCCUGCACCUCUUCGACGCCGGCGACCCCAUGCUAUCCACCCAGAUCGACCUCCUGCGCAACCCGGACCUCCUGUGGUCGGACCACGGCCUCCGGUCGCUCGCGAAAACCAGCCCCUUCUACGGGCAGAAGAACACGCCGGACGACCCGCCCUACUGGCGGGGGGCAGUGUGGAUAAACAUGAACUUCCUUGCGCUGAGGUCGCUGCACCACUACGGCCAGCUGGAGGGCCCCUACAAGGCCAAGGCCAGGGAGGCAUACGCCGAGCUCAAGCGCAACGUGCUGCAGACGGUGGUCGGGGAGUACCUGAAGUCGGGGUACAUUUGGGAGCAGUACGACGACGUGACGGGCUACGGGAAGGGGUGCCACCCCUUCACCGGCUGGUCGGCGCUGUUCAUCCUGAUCGGCAGGGACGCUUACUGA